CUUUGUUUAAACAUUUAUCAAAACAUUUGACAGAAUGGUAAACAAAGCCUUUGAAAUCACUUAAGUAUAAACUAUCACAGGCUUCGCUAAUUCUAGUCAUUAGUGAUUCAUUUUUCAGAAAUUUAUUUCGCUUAACUUUACUUUUGACAACGGACUAGAACUGCUCAAUCGGAUUUAGUUCAGGAAAGCACUAGGGAAUAUAUGCGUAUCGAUAUCCUAGGGAGCGAAUAUACCUUCCUAUAUCAGUUGGACUAUGAAUAGAAGUAUUAUCCAUGAUGAGGUAAUAUCACUUCAUUUCUGGAUACUUGUCCAUUUCAUCAAGAAUAGGCCUUCACACCAUGGCUGAUACGGUUGCUUUUACUUUGAAACGCUUUAAAUUUCACUUAGAACUUUACAACCGAUACCAGAUAACAUAGCGAUGCUAUUGAUUCCGAAUGUAUGGACGAAAACGUAUCUUACCUUGAUUUGCCCAACUCUUUUAAAGUGAAAUCAGAAGACGUCGACUUUGGAUGCGGGAACUGGAGAAGAAGAAAAAAGCUGGAAAGAGAUAAAAAGAAAACCGCUGAGGGCCAAACUGUACAGAGCAUCGAAAAUAACUUAUCAAAAUUCAGUAUACAUCACGCUGUUAGUAUUGAAGAAAUACAAGAAGUCCUUUCACAGCAGUACGCGGCUUAUGACAUUCUUAGAACAUUUUAUUACUCCAGCAAAAGAAUUAAAGAAGAAAGGACGAAGCAGAUUCAACAAAAAAGGUUUAAAUUAAGGCUCUGUACUUCAGAACGACAAUUCAUAGUUGAUCAAAAUGAUCAACAAUCGAAAACAAAGCCAGUAAUGCUCAUAGGUGAUAAAGGGACAGGCGUUGGUUCAAGAAUAAAGGGCUUUCUUAGAUAUGGUGGAAAAGGAAAGUAAAGGAUUCGGGAAAAGUACGCAAACGUGUGCAUAAUUGAUGAACACAUGACCUCACAAACCUGCCUGUAUUGCUUUUCAAAGCUC